ACAACAGCUAACCACACACACCACUUCUGACAACAUGAGCUACUCCGGCAGCUACUAUGGAGACCUAGGCUACGGCUGUGGAGGAUUCGGUGGCCUGGGCUAUGGCUAUAGCUGUGGAUGUGGCAGCUUCCACAGACUGGGCUAUGGCUGUGGCUAUGGAGGCUACAGAUACAGCUGCUGCCACCCAUCAUGCUAUGGGGGAUACUGGUCUUCUGGAUUCUAUUGAAUAAAUACUUGAAAUAUAGUCUUCUGUGAGAUUCCCAAUUCUUCCAAGAAACCUUAUUCCAUAACCAUAUGGAAUUCCAUAUUCCAUAACAAAACAGCUGCUUGGAUCACCUGCCUUUUGACAAUAGUGUGAAGAAAACUUGAUCAACUAGAUAUUGGCAUUUGAUUAGUGAUGUUCUCCAGAUAUUCACUUCUUUAUUGGCUGGAGAGCCAUUAUACUCUAA